UCCUGCUGUUUAACUUUUUUUUUUUCGAGAGUUAGCAUCACUGUUCUCUUAGUUCGUGGCACACGUCUGAAAAUGACGAGUAAGGCAAAAGUGCCCAAGAUAAAGGAAGGUGCUCCAGAGGAGACGCCACUGAGGAAGAGGCCCUUCAAAAGACAUGGGCGUCUGUAUGCAAAAGCAAUUUUCACCGGUUAUAAACGCGGAUUGCGCAAUCAACACGAGCACACUGCCUUACUCAAGAUUGAAGGAGCCGGCACAAAAAAAGACUCUGAUUUCUACGUAGGAAAACGAUGCGUCUAUGUAUAUAAAGCUAAGAACAAAACUCCAGUACCUGGAAAGACUACGAAAAAAACAAAAAUUAGAGCCAUUUGGGGCAAAGUGACUCGGCCUCACGGUGCAAGUGGAUCGGUGCGUGCUAAGUUUAAGAGAAAUCUGCCGGCCAAGGCUAUGGGUCAUCGUAUCAGGAUUAUGCUGUAUCCCAGUCGAAUAUAAGCAUUUCUUGUAUAAUAUAAAUAAAUACCAUUUUGGUAAAA